AUGAGAGUUCCCAUAGCCGGAGGCCCUGCUGAGCUACUCCGCUCCCGCAGGAGGUCGACAUCAUACAAUCCCUCAGAAGACGAGCUGUAUAAUUGGGGCUGCAUCAGGGCCGAAGUGACCUAG